UAUCGACCGUGAAAUAAAUAGAAGAACACAAAAUAGUGGAGUCAUGUGUGAGGGUUGCCAUGGUGACGAAAAUAUCGAAUUUUAUGGUCGAUUGAAAGAAAUAAUUGAGUUGCGUUAUAACUCAGAUAUGUCCAAAUGUCGCACAGUGGUUCUAUUUCGUUGUGACUGGUUUGACACUUAUAGCAAGAAGGUUAGAAUGAAAGAUGAUGGAUAUUUUAGAAGCAUCAACCAUGGUAGUUGUUGGUACAAGGAUGAUCCUUUUAUUCUAUAAACACAAGCAACAAAAGUAUUUUACUUGGAUGACACUAAACACUGUGAAAGCUGGAGAAUUGUUCAAAAGUUUACACAUAGGCACUUAUGGAAUGUCACUGAAAAUGAAAAUGAGGAAACACCCAUGGGCUUGGGACUAUCAUACCAAGAUGAAACAUGUGCAGGUUUUCAUGUACAAGUGAAUGAAGGCAAUUUGAAUGAUGAAGUACUGGAUAGUGAAGAUUGUCACCACGUCGAUACAAGUUUAGUUGACGAGUUUCGUAAACCAAGGCAAGACAAUGUGCAAGGAGACGGGACAAGCGAUGAUGAAGAUGAAACUAUAUGGCAAUAUGUUAGUGAUGAUGAAAGUCCAACAAUUCUUGUCGAGGAGGAUGAUGAUGACAAGAUGCCGAGUAAAGACUAGAGUAAGGUGUACCAUUUUGUUUACAUGUUUUAAAUUGGCAAAAUAAUGCAAAAAAGGAUUGAUAUAAAAAAUUCAAUGAAACAUACAAAAUUUUGUUUACAUGUUUUAAAUUGGCAAAAUAAUGCAAAAAGGGCAAAAACUAUAUCAAAGCAAGGAUUUAAACCUGGCAUCUAUAGUCUCUGGUAACCAAGGCAUACCACUACGCUACAUGACACUUAGUGACGACAUAGCAAAGCAGACAAUAAUUAUUCAGUACGUUCGUCUGUUUAUAUGGAUCAAAACCUGCAGUUAGAACUUAGACGAACACAUUCCCCAUUCCCCACGACGUCCCCAGGUAAAUCGGAGCUACAGGCUACAGCUCCCUCCCCACGCCGGCCACUCUCCUGCUCGCACAUCGGUAAAUCCGCUCGAUCAACUCCCCCAUCGAUCCGUCUUCUGCUCGAUCCACUCCCCCAUCAAUCACUCUCCUGCUCGCACAUCGGUGAGUCUGCUGAAUCCACUCCCCCGUCGGCUCAUCUGCUCGAUCUGGAGACCACCAUGGCGCCUGGGCGUAAAACUACAGCAAAAUCAACCAAACCAACAGAAGUGCCACUAACAGAAUAUGAGAAAUUGAGAGCUGAGAAUUUGAUGAGGAAUAACCAAAAGUUGCAAAGACUUGGUGUCACUACACUAGUGUCAAUACUUAACCAUACUUCUGCAAAGAGCAAGGUUGACACUCGUGAAAAAUCUGGAUCUUUGUAUGAGGUCCAGGAAGGUGAAGGUUCUGAAGAUGAGGAAGUCAAUCAGUGUGCAACAAACCGGAGAAACAGAUUAAAGAGGGUCUUGGCACCUGCGCAACAAGAUGAACCUACAAGAUUUACUAGGCAGAAUACAAGGGAUUUGGCUUUAACUUUCAGUCCAGAACUGCAACAAGUCGAAACCUUAGGCCUCUCUACUAUCACAUCCACCCCUCAACAGGACCAGAACAACUCUAGUGAUCAAGGCAAACGCAACAUCUCAUCUUGUUGCAUUCAUGCUAUCUUGCAUUGCAUCUUUUAUAUUAUCCAGAUACUUUCUUGUGUCAUGUCACUCAUGUAUCAUAUGCAGGAAAAGUGUACCAAAAACCAACUAAAUCAAGAGAAUGUCCGGUUACAUCAGCGCACUGGAUCUCGAUGCUACAUUGCACAGGCCCAUGUUGUGAAGAAAGAUAUAUUCAAAGAUGUAGAGCCCACCUCAAUUGAUCUAUUCAAGAACUUCCAUUGUGGCAAAAAAAAUGGAUUUACCGAGUCUGUACAGAAAGCAAUUGAUGAUAUGGAAGGCAUUAUGAGUGAACCAGUACAAGAUGGACAGGAACCAAAGUCAGCAAAAGAAGCUGUUUCUCAGGUUGUCAAAUCAACUACUUUUCUUCGUGUUGCAGGUGUUUGUUCAGCCUCCAAGAGUACCUCUAGAGGUGCAAUAUCAUCACAGGUCCACGAUCUUCAGGUUGAGCUUGAGAAUGAGAAGCAAGAAAAAGGAGAACUUCAACAAGAGUUGGAUAAUUUGAAGAUGGAAUCAGAAACUUCAAGGGUAAAACAUUCUGAGGAAAUAGAGGGUUUAAAGAAGACAUCACAAGAAAUGCAUGGUCUCCUUCGCCAACUAUUGAGCUUCAACCAGGGUUGUGAAAGCUGGAGAAUUGUUCAAAAGUUUACACAUAGGCACUUAUGGAAUGUCACUGAAAAUGAAAAUGAGGAAACACCCAUGGGCUUGGGACUAUCAUACCAAGAUGAAACAUGUGCAGGUUUUCAUGUACAAGUGAAUGAAGGCAAUUUGAAUGAUGAAGUACUGGAUAGUGAAGAUUGUCACCACGUCGAUACAAGUUUAGUUGACGAGUUUCGUAAACCAAGGCAAGACAAUGUGCAAGGAGACGGGACAAGCGAUGAUGAAGAUGAAACUAUAUGGCAAUAUGUUAGUGAUGAUGAAAGUCCAACAAUUCUUGUCGAGGAGGAUGAUGAUGACAAGAUGCCGAGUAAAGACUAGAGUAAGGUGUACCAUUUUGUUUACAUGUUUUAAAUUGGCAAAAUAAUGCAAAAAAGGAUUGAUAUAAAAAAUUCAAUGAAACAUACAAAAUUUUGUUUACAUGUUUUAAAUUGGCAAAAUAAUGCAAAAAGGGCAAAAACUAUAUCAAAGCAAGGAUUUAAACCUGGCAUCUAUAGUCUCUGGUAACCAAGGCAUACCACUACGCUACAUGACACUUAGUGACGACAUAGCAAAGCAGACAAUAAUUAUUCAGUACGUUCGUCUGUUUAUAUGGAUCAAAACCUGCAGUUAGAACUUAGACGAACACAUUCCCCAUUCCCCACGACGUCCCCAGGUAAAUCGGAGCUACAGGCUACAGCUCCCUCCCCACGCCGGCCACUCUCCUGCUCGCACAUCGGUAAAUCCGCUCGAUCAACUCCCCCAUCGAUCCGUCUUCUGCUCGAUCCACUCCCCCAUCAAUCACUCUCCUGCUCGCACAUCGGUGAGUCUGCUGAAUCCACUCCCCCGUCGGCUCAUCUGCUCGAUCUGGAGACCACCAUGGCGCCUGGGCGUAAAACUACAGCAAAAUCAACCAAACCAACAGAAGUGCCACUAACAGAAUAUGAGAAAUUGAGAGCUGAGAAUUUGAUGAGGAAUAACCAAAAGUUGCAAAGACUUGGUGUCACUACACUAGUGUCAAUACUUAACCAUACUUCUGCAAAGAGCAAGGUUGACACUCGUGAAAAAUCUGGAUCUUUGUAUGAGGUCCAGGAAGGUGAAGGUUCUGAAGAUGAGGAAGUCAAUCAGUGUGCAACAAACCGGAGAAACAGAUUAAAGAGGGUCUUGGCACCUGCGCAACAAGAUGAACCUACAAGAUUUACUAGGCAGAAUACAAGGGAUUUGGCUUUAACUUUCAGUCCAGAACUGCAACAAGUCGAAACCUUAGGCCUCUCUACUAUCACAUCCACCCCUCAACAGGACCAGAACAACUCUAGUGAUCAAGGCAAGUGAUUGUAUCUAAUUUGUGCAAUGCAAUCUAUUUUCAUUUUGUUUUCAUACAAUGAUUAGUUAUAUACUAUCAUGUGUCCUAUUACUUUGGUAAUCGGUAAACAUAAUAAUGAGUGUGGCUCAAAACUGGAGAUAACUUUUCCAUUUUUAACAAACCAUGAAGCAUCACACUUUGCAAUUUUAGAGAAGCUUCUUAACCAGAUACUACCUAAUUGAAUCCAUGCUACAAUACUUCCUAGCAUCAUAAUAUAGUAAUAAAACUGUGGAAGCUAAAUAUAGUAAUCGGAAUGCACUAGUUUCAAUUAGGACUAGGAAAGACGAUAGUAAUCACAUAUAUUAGGCGCUUCCUAUCUGUUGUUCUAACCUAAUAUAGAGAAGAUUAAUUCAGAACCUGAUUAAUGUCCUUCUGGCUAGAUUAGCAAUAUCAUCUUUACAAUUCCAUGAUUACAAUUCUUCUGGCUUCAUUAUAUACAUAACCUGAUUUAGUAUCAAUGUUUUCUUGAAGACGCAACAUCUCAUCUUGUUGCAUUCAUGCUAUCUUGCAUUGCAUCUUUUAUAUUAUCCAGAUACUUUCUUGUGUCAUGUCACUCAUGUAUCAUAUGCAGGAAAAGUGUACCAAAAACCAACUAAAUCAAGAGAAUGUCCGGUUACAUCAGCGCACUGGAUCUCGAUGCUACAUUGCACAGGCCCAUGUUGUGGAUGAUAUGGAAGGCAUUAUGAGUGAACCAGUACAAGAUGGACAGGAACCAAAGUCAGCAAAAGAAGCUGUUUCUCAGGUUGUCAAAUCAACUACUUUUCUUCGUGUUGCAGGUGUUUGUUCAGCCUCCAAGAGUACCUCUAGAGGUGCAAUAUCAUCACAGGUCCACGAUCUUCAGGUUGAGCUUGAGAAUGAGAAGCAAGAAAAAGGAGAACUUCAACAAGAGUUGGAUAAUUUGAAGAUGGAAUCAGAAACUUCAAGGGUAAAACAUUCUGAGGAAAUAGAGGGUUUAAAGAAGACAUCACAAGAAAUGCAUGGUCUCCUUCGCCAACUAUUGAGCUUCAACCAGGGUCAACACAAUCCAGGGUCAUAAAGUUACUAAGCCACCAACAGUGAACUAUUGUAGGAUGUUUCUGUUCUGAAAUUUGGUUUUUAGUUUAACUAUGUCUAGUUUUAUCAAUAGUUGGUUGCUAGUUGUUUACAUGUACAACUAAGUAGGUCCAAGUUUGUUGAUUUUUGUUACUGGUAGCUCCAAGUUGUGUUGAAUAUUGUUGCUUCUUAUAAGACGUAUUGUGACCUAUGAAUUAGAAAUUGUGUUUCCUAUCA